GGGAAGUGGGAGAGUGGGAGUGAGGAGGGGGCAGGCACCUGGGCUUGGGGCAAUAGGGGCUUUCCAGUGGUGUGGAGAGGCAGGCGGCGGGGGAGGGGUGUUCUCCAGCACCCCCCGCCCACCCCGCCCCUACGCCCGGGGACCGCGGGCUCGAAGCCCCAGUUCACUAAGCCCAGGCGCUGGCGAUCCAGAUCUGCCUGGAGGGGAGGGGAGGACGAUGGAUUGGAGCCCCCGCACCCUCACCCCAGACCAUCACACGCCUUCCAGUCCCUCUCUGGGCUAACUCUCCGGGCGUCCUCGCCGGCCGCGGGCGGAGCUCGCUCCGCGGCGCUCGGCGAUCCCCGGCCCCCGCCCCUUCUCCUGUCCCUCUGUCCCUGGAUCCCCCCCCAGCGGCCGCCACCGCCGCCGUACAGCUCCGCGCGGCGCAAGCAGGUACGUGCGCCUCGGCAGCUGCUCCGGGCCGGGCCGGGCCGGGAAGGGGGCGGGAGACGGGGAGGGCGAGGCAGUGGCGGCCAGGCCCGCGCCCUCCGGGCUGCGCCGCAGGAGAGACCCCCGCAGGCGGACGCCGGCUGCAGGAAGGCGGACGGGCACUGGGAGGACGCACCCUCGCCCGCCGGCCGCCGGGCGCCCUUCGCCCCGCGUGGGGAGGCAGGGAGGGAGGCCCGGCACAGCUGCCAAGGGGCCAAGGGAUGAGCUGGGGCCCUCCUUCCCAAUGGCAUCUCCCCCUGGUCUGGAACUGAAGACACUGAGCAAUGGUCCUUAAGCCCCAAGGAGAUCAGCUCCCCUGGGCCCGGUGGCCCCAUCCAGGGAGGGUGUGGAGAAUGCCUGCUUCUCCUCAGAGGAGCACGAGACCCAUUUCCAGAACCCUGGGAACACGAGACUGGGCAGCUCACCCAGUCCCUCUGGGGGUGUCUCCUCACUGCCCCGAUCCCAGCGGGAUGAUCUGUCCCUGCAUUCAGAGGAGGGGCCAGGCCUGGAGCCCGUGAGUCGCCCGGUGGAUUAUGGCUUUGUUUCCACCCUCGUUUUCCUGGUGAGUGGGAUUCUCUUGGUGGUGACAGCAUACGCCAUCCCCCGUGAGGCUCGAGUCAAUCCGGACACAGUGACAGCGCGGGAGAUGGAACGACUAGAAAUGUACUACGCCCGCCUAGGCUCCCACUUGGACAAGUGCAUCAUCGCAGGCCUGGGGCUGCUCACGGUGGGCGGCAUGCUCUUGUUGGUGCUGCUCAUGGUCUCCCUGUGCAAGGGCGAGCUGUACCGCCGGAGGACCUUCGUCCCCGGCAGGGGCUCCAGGAAGACCUAUGGCUCCAUUAACCUGCGCAUGAGACAGCUCAAUGGGGAUGGGGGCCAGGCCCUGGUGGAGAAUGAAGUUGUCCAGGUCUCAGAGACUAGCCACACCCUCCAGAGGUCUUAAGUACUCCCACCUUAUCUGGCUGCUUUAGCUCCAGUGCCACAAGAUCCCCCCACACCCGCCCCCCCGCCAAGGCCUGGGGUUUCAAACUGAGCUCACAUAGGGGCUUGUGGAAGAAGUACUGGGUACUGGAAGGAGAGCUCGGGGCCGAGCCCAUGCCCCACAUGGGCAAGCAGCCCCCUGGUCUGUUUUGUAGCUGAGGUUUUGCAUACGGUUUUGUUUGGAGGAUGGCUUCUGCUGCUAAAAAUAUAAAAGUUUGGAAACCGCU